AUGACAAAACGUAAAAAAAAAGCACAACAAGAAGAUUUCAAAAAACAAAAAUUAAAAGUUGGUAAAGCCAAACCAAAGGCUAGCAAUUUUACUAACACCUCAUUUAAAUCAAGAGCAAUAUCAUUACCAAAUCAAAGUAUCACUGAAGAUAAGUCGAAUCUAAUAACUAAUACAAGAAAACUAUCAUUAAGUGAAUUGCUAACGCAAUUAAGACAUUAUAAUUCUAGAACAAGAAAAGAUGCAAUUCAGGGUCUUGGGGAUCUUUUUCAUGCAUAUCCAAAUAUAUUAUCGCAUUCGUUAUCCAUCUCAAUAAACUCACUUGUUCGAUUAAUUUCCGAUGAAGCAGAAUUAAGACCAUUUAUUCCACUUCUUAUCUUAUUCACAUGUUCUGCAAUGUCCAGUAUACAUGAAGAUAUACGUAUAGAUUCCAUUAAAUUUAUGAAUAUAUGGCUUACGUUAGCACCUGAUAUUGUAGUAGAUCAAUUCUGGGAAAAGGUUUUGCCUAAUUAUAUAAGCCUUUUGAGUAACGAUUCAAAUUUGUCAAGUAAUAAUAAUAUAAAUAUGAUGAAUAUCGCAAAUUUUGAUUUUAGUUUAUCAAAAUCUUUAUUUAAUAAUCAUGGAAAAUUUUGGUCUAAUGAAAUUAAAAAUGAGAUAUUAUCAAGUUUUUAUAAAUUAUUAAAAUUUGGACUAUUCGAUAACACAUUUGAUACAAAUCAAUAUUGGUUUUUCAAUAAUUUUAUUUCAUCAGAACGUUCAAAAAAUACUUUUUUAAAAUCUGAAUCAAACAAUGGAAUAUCAAUAGUAGUAGACUUAACCCAACAAAAUAAUAAUCAAGAUAAUGAUUUAGUUGUACAACCACCACCACAUCCACUAACACAAACUUUACUUCCAUAUUUAUAUUCUUCUAAUGAAAGUUGUAGUGGUGGUGGUAUUCAUUAUCAAGAUACUUCAACUGUUAUAGGUCGUGUCAAUGAUUUAAAGAAUCAAUUAAAUAUUCUACAUUCAAUACUUCUAUCAUUGUGGUUAGACACUGUUCCGUCAGUAUUUUCUUCAACUUCAACUAUUAGUUAUUCGUCGCCUGCACUCCAAAUGUUACUUUUAGUAUUAAAAACUAUAAAUUUAUUAUGGAAAGCUUAUUUCAUUAAAAUGAAUCAGGAUUCGACAGAUAAACAAUUUAUUGAUUUUAAUCUAAAACAAAUUCUUAAACAUUUUUUGAUUUAUUUUCCAUUUGGGUCAAAAUCUUCUUUAAGAAAUGAUUCAAAGAGCUAA